AACCGAACUCCCAUCGCAUCUCUCCCCUUGACAGCGCGAUCUUUACCUCUCUGCCCCCCCCCAGCAGUACGCAUCUUCGCCCCUUUCGAGUCUGCUUUAUAUCCUCAUUGUCCCCGACACACUCUUUGUUGCAUCUGCGCACUCUCUCACGGCUGACUGGUAUAUACCGACGACGACGAUUAUAGACGAGCCCAACGAACCUUUGGCGCGAACCUCCAUCCCUCGCCCGCCCCAGCCAAGCUGCAUCGAGAAAAAGGUUUCCUUGCUCAAGUACCGAAAGACACCUCAUUCCUCUUCACCACCACGCCAAACGGCACGAAACAUCCCGUCACAGCUUGACCAAGCUUGAAAUUGUCGCCAGCUGCUCUCCAUACAGCUGCUCCUGACUCUCUCUCCACGAUAUCCACACCCUCGCUCCACUGCACGAGCGUGGAGUUCGGGGCGAACCAGCCAUUUGAGCUGUUCUGCGUGCCACUGUCCGCUCCUUGCAUACCGUGAGAACAGAACAACCCUCGUCGACAACGACUGCCACCUCCUCAUCUUCCGUUUUCUCCUUCGAUUCAUAAUGGCUACCCACCCGUACCUCCAGGAAAUGUACACUCAGGAGUUUCCUCCCUCCAACCGGUCCCCAAACAAUUCCCGCUACAAUGGUUUGAACAACAAUUUGAACCGCCAACCAUCGCGAAACUUCGAUACCUAUGCAUCGUCGCAACUGCAGCAGGGCAUCUAUGCACAGGAUGAGCAUUCAAAUGGGCGAUUCGAAAAUUUGCCUCCGCGAUUUGACCGAAUCCCCUCAGGGACGCUCCAACAUUCCAACAAUUACCCCUAUGAUAAUCAGACAUGGAACUACGGAGGUGCCAACAUGGCGGGUGGUAUCAAUGGAAUUAACGGCAUCAGUGCCAUAGGAGGUAGUGGUCGGGUAAAGCCGACUGCUCGCAGAACAGGACUGCCUCCUGUAAGUUUUGUGCCUUGACCUACGUCUCAUGGAAUUUUGGCUAACGUCUCCCUCCGUAGACUUGGAUGGAAAAUAGCCAAAUGCAGUCCCCUAUGCCCAACGUAGGCAUCCACCAACUGAACGGCCAUCAGCUUAAUGGCCAGUAUAGUCAAUCGCAUAUGCAACCACAUCAUGCUCGAAUCUCACCCCCUCCUGACCAUGACGAGCUUAUCCCCACCGCCAUUGUUAUUAAAAACAUCCCAUUUGCAGUAAAGAAAGAGUCACUUGUAGCACUCAUGACGGACAUGAACCUUCCACUGCCAUACGCUUUCAAUUACCAUUUUGAUAACGGCGUUUUUCGUGGACUGGCCUUCGCAAAUUUCACCACUGCCGAAGAGACCUCGCAAGUGAUCGAUGCUAUGAAUCAUAUGGAUUUACAGGGAAGAAAGUUGAGAGUUGAAUACAAGAAGAUGUUGCCGGCUGCGGAGAGAGAGCGAAUCGAGCGGGAUAAGAGGGAGAGACGUGGGCAGUUGGAGGAGCAGCAUCGUCCUAUUGGAAACGCAUCAGUGCCACCGCUUCAUUCGCAGACCUCGAUGAACUCACUUCACUCUACCACAGUUCCCGCAUCCCCAUCACCAGUACAAAUGCGAUCUAAGGGGAGCGACUACCAGUCGGCAUCAACUGGUGCUUCAGCCAUCAAUGUUGCUGGUGUGGAUAUGAAUGAUAUGACAACUUUGACGUACUUCACCGAGCUUACGUUAUUCAAGAAUGAUACCAAUCGUGAGAUACUGGUCUUCCCAAGCACUGUUUCUCCUCAACAUAGGAAGAUCAUCCACACUUUGGCCCACAAUAUGGGCCUUGAGCACCGGUCGGAGGGAGUUGGAGAUGGGAGAUGUGUUCAGAUUUACAAGACUCGCCAACAGAGUUCUAUAAGCCCGGCGGUUCCGUCGAUUCCCCAAAAUUAUUAUAACACCGAACGUCGUGGACUGAAUCGUGCAGCAACAAUUGACUUUGCCAUCGCUCGAGAGAAUGAAUCUGGUUAUUAUGGUCAUACACUUGGCCGCCAAGGCUCUGGACUUUUGGACAUCCCCGCUUCACCAGGAUUGGGACUCAACGCUGCCCACAACCUUCGAGCUGCCAAAUCCUUCGCUGACUUGCGUUCGUAUACACCCUCGCCCGCCCAAUCUGUUGCCAGUUAUCCGGCGAAUCCCUCCCAAAAUAUUUCACGAUAUACUGACUACGGUCAUUCCUCUGCAGCAUCAGGCACUCCUAAUCUAACACCGACCUCGGCCGGCGGACAAUUGAAUAGUCGUGAUGAGUCUUUCCUCGCUCAUAGCCUCAAUAACAUGUCUAUUGGGAUUGAUCGCCCUACCAGAUCCAAUGGUCGGAUUGGCCAAGAGCGAGAGAACCAUACCUCAAGCGCCGGUCCUAUUGGAAGCCAUCGUCCAAUCAAUGGAAGCUACGAGGACAACCCCAGGAAUGGUGCCUCAGCUGUACCUGAGAGACAGCCACGAGGACCUGGCAGCGAGUGGGGCUCUGGAUUUGCAAGACCGCGCCAAAAUGGCCAUCGUAAUCAAGGAAGUGGUGAGCUUGAUCUGAACAGCAUCGAAAGAGACUGGGAUGAUAACAGAAUACAAGAUUCCUCCGAUCGAAAUACCAAUGGACGAUUCCACUAAGCCCUCUCUCCAUAUCCCUAGGAGACGAGGCUAUGAAGUGACGAAACCC